AUGCACUUCACCCGCCUCGCUCUCUCCCUCGCUGCCGCCGCUGCCUACGUCCAGGCAGACCUCCAGCUCGACAACGACGACAUCCCCGCCCAGUGCGGCGCCGUCUGCCGGCCCAUCUACGACCUUGGCCAGGCCUGCGAGGUCGACGAUGACCUGGUCAGAGACGACCUCACAGAGGACCGUCUCGAGGCACAGUGCUUCUGCACCAACAACAGCAUCAACGUCUCGCAGUACGCUGCCCUGUGCGCCAGCUGCAUGGAACAGAACGUCCGAGACCGCGACGACCUUGACGACAUCAACGACAUCCUGAGGACGUGCGGCUUCGCCAGCACCUCCUACGCCGCCACCGCGUCCUACGCCUCCACCACGCCGUCCGUCUCCGCCGUCCGCCCCACCAACUCGGCACAACUGACCACCACCAUCGCCCCGGGCUCCGGCGUCGGCGGCGGAGCCUCUCCUACCCAGUCCUCCGGCUCCGGCUCCGGCUCCGGCAACAACAACGGCGGCAGCCCCACCAACGGCAACAGCCAGCCCACUCAGACCCCGAAUGCCGCGGGCGUCGUCUCUCCCCAGGGGCUCGGCCUGAUCGGCGCCGCUGCCGUCGGUGCUCUCUUUUUGUAA